CACAGCCGCUCUCGGCGGCUGCCCGAGGCUCACCGCGCCGCCGCCGGGCGCUGACUCAGCCGCAGUCCGGCUGCUCCGCCGAGCCGGACCUGGGGAGCGCGCGCCCGGAGCCUGCCUGGAGCCACCCGAGGAGCACCGCAGCGCUUGAGCCGCGGGCUUCCGGAGCUGGGGGCUGGCCCGUUUAGGUCCCUGAGCGCAUCGGACUCGCUUGGCCAGCCACCUACAGCUCUGCUCUCUGAGAAGCCGCGCUGACUCGCUGGCUCCAGCUGUGAUGCUCAGCUGUCCGUCCAUCUUGUCUCCUGGAACAGCUCAACCCAGGGUCUUCCUGAAGUGGUGAUCACUCCAGCUGGCAGGGAUAGAAAAUGGUACCAGUCAGGCCAGAGCUCUGGGAUCCCACAGUCACUGCUGCAGGAUGGAGGAACCUACUCCCGAGCCCGUCUAUGUGGAUGUGGACAAGGGGUUGACCUUGGCUUGCUUCGUUUUCCUUUGCCUCUUCCUCGUAGUCAUGAUCAUCCGCUGUGCCAAAGUCAUCAUGGACCCCUACAGUGCCAUCCCCACGUCCACCUGGGAGGAGCAGCACCUGGAUGACUGAGGCACAUGACAGGUCUCAGUGUCCUGGACACACCUCUGUACACCCUGGCCAACAUCCUGCAAGCUCUUGGGAGACUGGGUGUGGCUAUAACCACUCAGAGAUGGAGAAGGCUCACCUUCGCCUUACUGACUCUCACAUAACCACCAGAGGGAAAUGCCAGCAUGCCUGAGCCAAGGCAGUCUGGGGAAGCCAGGGGAGAGGAAUGCUAAGCCAUGACUCAGGAUUGUGGAGGCCAUCCUGGGACUCCACUGGGAGACAGACAGCAGAGUGAUGGUCCCCAGCCCAGGCUCCAGGGCACCUUUGAGAUCUGGACCAAAACCAGAUAUUCUGGUCUGUAAACAGUGAUCAGGAGGAGACUGACCUUCAACUGCACAGCACUGAGGGGUUGCUGAGAGCCCAGUACCCUCUACAGACUAGCACUGAUGAGGCAGGAAAGAUGGAGACUUCAGGGGGCUUCUCCUGCAAAUUCUCACAAGGCACACGGCUACUUCCAAACUUUUUUUUUUUUUAAAAAACUAAGAUACAGAGGGAAUAUAUUUUUCCUGUUAAAAAUGAGAUGUGCAUUUUAGACACUUGGGAAAAUAUAGAUAAAUAGAAGGAAAGGGGGGUAAAUAGCACUUAAAAUCCAACCUCCCAGAAGCCAUCAUUUUGAUAUAUUUCUUCAAGUCUUUUUUACAGGAAUUUUUUUAGUAAUUCACACCAUAUGCAUGAUGCUGCAUUGAUUCGUCUGAUAGCUUAAAUAUCUUCUGCCUCACGAGAUACCAUGGCUGUUUUUAGUGACUGAGAGUAUACUGGCUAGGCCAUGGCUGAAUAUAGUCGUUUUCUUUAAUCUAGUUAACUUUCUACUAUGUACUCACAAGAAUCACUUCACCCAGUAACCUUCAGAAGCUCUGUAUCACAGGAGCUCCAGGCAAGAGCUGGGUUCUAGACCUGCUUCAGCUAUUCAAAGGCUGUAAAAGUCACCUCACUUCUUGGUGCCUCCAUUUCCUCAUUGAAAUAUGGGAAGGAGAAGUCUGUCUUUCUGUCUGUCUGUCUGCUGUCUGUGAAAGCAGCCAUGUCACAAGUGGGAGCUGAGACUAGCUUGUCUCUUCUGUUGUCUUUCCUUCAUCUUCUUCUCCCACACACUGUCCCGUGUGUCUGUGACCUUGCUGCAAGGCUCCUAGGUCACAGCCCACAACCUUCCACAACCUGCUUCAACUCCUGUGUCCUUAUUAUAUGACCCCUAAAUAAAUCAGCACCUGUGAGCUCCAAUUUUGUCAUCUAUAAAAUGGGGGUGUAACAUCUACCUCACAAGGUUGUCGUGGAGAUAAAAUGGGAGGACAUGAGCAAACCCUCCCUGCCUUCUAAGAGCCAGAGCUCCCAGCCAGUGCCACAUUCACAGUGGCCAGCAGACAUUUGCAGGGACACCAAGACACCAGGAUACCGGACACCAAGGCACAUGGUCUCAUGUCAUCACCACUAUUGCCAUUUAUUUUCACAUAUGUGAGGGGUACCUAUUGUGUCCUUCCAGGGUAGGACCUGCUGCCCUGUCAAAGGAGACCUGUGCUGUGGGCCUUGGGCCUUCUGCACCACCCACACUCAAGCCCUAGGUCCCCAUGCACCUUAGGCUACCUGGGAAAUGACUUUCCAAAGCACUAUCACACUACAUGACCCCUGAAAGUAUACACUCUUAUCAAGGUUUGUUUUCCAGGGUAUGGUGUGUGCGUGUGUUUGUGUGUGUGUGUGUGUGUGUGUGUGUGUCUGUCUGUCUGUCUCUGUAUCUCUGUCUGUCUUUCUCUCUCUCUUUCUCUCUCUUUGACUCUGUCUCUGUCUCUCUCUCGCUCUCUCUGUCUCUCUCUCUCUUACACACACACACACACACACACACACACACACACACACACUGUCAGAUGCACCAAGAAACAGAUGGCAUAGGCUCCAAACCUGGCACUGAGGCAUCACUUUCAGCCCACCCUUCCUCAGAAACCUCCCUCAGAGACAGCAUGCUCUUCUGUGGAAACCUGUUAGGAUGGGUUUGCAAAAUCAAUGGGGGUUGGGGGAAGAGGUUGUUCCCAGCUGUUAAUGACAGAACAGCAGGAAGAAGGAGAGAUCUAAAGAGCUCUGAAGACCUCCUGUAGAGGCCUUUUGGAGCUCUAUGGGGGAAAAUCAGGAUGCCCUAGGCUGUGUUCCUCAGACUGCCUGCUGAAGGUCACACCACACCUGCACAUGAGGAACCUGCCAGAAGCAGCUCACCUCCUCCACAGACCUACAGAAUCACACUGGGCAUCCAGGGCCAGUUAGCCCGGUUAGCCAGGCCCCUGGACAGCAGUACAUCCCUGUUUGAGAAAACCUCCCCAGGACCUCUGUUCUCAGCAACACCCCAAAACCUUUAGUAUUUUCUUUAUGCUGGGGAAAUAACAUUUGAGAAAAGAGGUGAUUUCAAUCCCCUUUCCCAAGAGUCAAGCUUCUAACAAGGCAACAAAACAACGCUUUCUAUUUGUACCUACACCCUCCCUUCUCAUUUGCAUCCUCUUACAAGCCCUACUUGUCCAUAAGUACCAUUGCUUGUGUACCUUCAGGCGCUCAUUCAACUAGAAUCACUUCCCAGGCAGCUUUCACACUGUUGCCCCUUGUUUGUAUCAGUGUGUGUGUGUGUGUGUGUGUGUGUGUGUGUGUGUGUGAGAGAGAGAGAGAGAGAGAGAGAGAGAGAGAGAGAGAGAGAGAGAGAGAGAUGUGUCCUGGUGUAUUCAUGUGAGCAUGUGCUUGCCACAGUGCAUGUUUGGAGAUCAGAUGACAAUCUUGGGUGUUGGUCCUCUCCUUCCUUGUUGCUCACUGGUGACAUUACUCCCCAGGCUAGCUGGCUCACAAGCUCCCAGGAAUUCUCCUCUCUCUGGCUGCCAUCUCCCACAGGCCCACUGGAAUCCCGGAGGUGCCCUUCUGCACCCACUCACUUUCACAUAAGUUCUGGGAAUAGAAGCUCAGGCCCUCACACUUGCACAGCAAGCAUUUGCCUACUGAGAUGAUUUCCCAGACCCACCCCUUUUAUCAUUUUUAAGGUGUGUGUUUUUCUUGUUUUUAUGGUUUUUUUUUUAACAAAAGGAUUCCCUCAUACAUGCGCAUGACACUGCAGACCACUAUACCAAAUACUUCUUAUGCUGUUUUAAAUUUUCCCAUUAUAUAUGGGAAGAAAGUGGCUGUGCUGAUCCUGGGGGUUUCUCAGGAGAGGAGAGAAGGCAGAUUGAUAGAACAUCCCUUCUCAGAGACACACAAGAAGGAAAGGGGUGUCCCCACGUCUGCCACUUGAUUAUGUGGAACAAAGAAGAAAGGGGGUCCCCACCUCUGUCACUGGAUCAUGUGAAGGUGAGAAAGGUGAAAGAAUCCCAAGUUUUUCUUCUCUUGUGCUUUCCAUUCUGAAGGAUGGAGGACGGACAUGGUCCUUUGCCACCAGAGUGGCCUCAAGUUUCUGCUAAUUGAAAGAAAGCCUGCAGUUGUGAAUAGAGAAGGAAACACCGCAGCAAAAUACUCAUGCUGAAGGCUGGAAGUUGGCAUAGAGGAAAUGAAGAGAAAAGGAUAGUUAUAGAGUCAUCCACAAGUCAGGGAAGAAGGCACACUCUCUAUGGCAGAGAGUAGGUCACAGUCUCCAGAGAAAGGCAUCUAGUGGCUGGAAUCAAGCUGCUGCCGGUGAUGAGCUGUGUGGAAGUCCCUCCGUGUUACCUCCAGCUUUCAGCAAGGCAGAUGUGUAGUCCUUCUGUGGCUUUGUAAUUUGCAGUGAGGGCAUCUGUGUGAUGACCACAGAAAGGGCCCAGCUGCCCCAGAGACAAGUGGGUAAUAAAAAUAUUCAGAAUCAGGAAAGGCAACUCAUAUCCAUCAUAAGGAAAGUGGUCCCUGGGCGUGAUCAGGGUCUGAUUGACACAAGUGGUAGGACCCAUCGGCCCCAGUGUGGCAUUAUCAAUGACUAUCACAGACACUUUACUUUUCCAAUUAAUUUUCAAAUGUCCACGUGCUUUGUUUUAUUUUGGUGGAGUGAUUUUGUUUUGGGGUAUGGAACUCAUGGCCAUGUACAUAUGAGGCCAGGGCUCUGUCAUUGAUGUUUGUCCCUAACCCCAUAUAUCUUGCUGGAAUGAAAACAAAUGUCUCUCCAUCCAAUAAAGUUUUCCCAGGAUUCCAAAGA